GGCACUGCAAGUUGCAAAUAUUCCGGCGAGUAUACAAACAGAGGACAGUGAUGGAGCGUUAGUCAAUUACUGGUUUUGCCCGCGAUUGCAUCCAAUAAUUGGUAUUGCAUCUGUUUUGGUCUGGCGACGAGAAUUUACGUGUUAUCAUGAAGUGGCCAUUGGUUACCAGUUUGUUUGUUAUCGGUAUCACCGUGGCAAAUGGCUACUGGGGCAGUCACUCGAGCGACGACCCCACCUAUUCUCAUUUGGGCUUUUACAUCCUUGAUAUGAAGUGCAAUGAUGCUGGAACGUACUGCCAGAAGUGCUACAUAGCGCAUUGCGAAUGGAACGUCGCACACAUGCACGUGCAUGAGUUCACAGACGAUCCGGCUCAGUACGUGUUCCGGUGCAUCGAAGGCAACCAGGACUGGAAGAUAUCUGUCAUACAAGCGGACCUGGCUCAACCAUAUCGUAUCUGCACUGCUUGGAGUAACUAUACGAUGGACGCACAACUUGCUAGGAUCGACGUGUGCGUGGACAACAGCUUCGAGGGGGUGGAAGUGCCGCCUGAAUGCCCUAGACCCGUCAUCGUGCUCAGCUUGGAUUACCACGUGGCCGAUAAGACGAUCCGUGGCCUACAGAGUAUUCUCUGUGCCUCUCCGUAGAAUUGAGUUCCGGAAAAUUGGGCCAAUUUCAUGGAAUCUGCUUAGCAGAGAAAAUAUUUGGUUAGCAACAGGUUACCGAGCAAAAUUUCAUGUCAUGUAAAUUGCGUGCGACUGGUACCCUGCUGAUUUUUGCCUAGGCAUGUAAAUUUGCUAAGCAAUAAUUUCUGGUAAUCAGCUGUGUUAAAUUUGGCCCUGCUGAUUAAAAGAGGUGAUUCAAAUUGGUAUUGAAAAAAAGUUUAAACAUAUGCACUUAAUGACGUUUCAACGUAUGAGACAAAAACCCAAUUCUCUGCCCAAACUAUUGGGGGAGGCAGACUAUUUUUUUUUUAAAGAAUGACUGAAUGCUGCCACCAAGGGUUUGAAAUUUCAUGAUUG